UGAAACAUGAAUCUCAAUGGCAAUGUGGCAGCUCGCAAUAUGAGGCGCAGCGGACAAACUCGGCCAAAGCCGGCGUGGAAAAUGAAAAACAUUCUACGUUUAUCAGAUUUCCCGAGUCAUGCCCCAUCACCCAAGUUCCUGAAAAAUCCAUGCUCAUGGUUACCAAGCUAAAUUAAUUUCCCUCCUUCUGGGCCUUCUGGGCUCUCUCCCUCUCUCUCCUUCUCUCCUGCCAAGAUUCAUUCGCCAGACCCGGGGGAACCAUUACUUUUGCAAUCAAUUAAUUCUGAGAUUGCAAUUAGGACUUUGGAAUGAUUCACUGCUACUGCCAACAGAGUCAACUUACUUACAGGAUUGAAUCUUAAAGGGGUCGGUCGGAUUUGAUCCUACAGAAGACAAGCUUCCGGAAGUGGUUGCUACAGUAGGUGUUUGUUUCGACGAGAUGCAGUCCAGGGUUGCUGCCGUCGAAGAAGGAAAAGAAACCGCGGUUUCGACCAGAGCGAACCAAUCCAAAGCCUUGCCACAGAGAUUGUUGCAGCUACUUGUGCUGUUUCUUGCUCUAUGUGUUGCGUUUACAGUUAUCAGUAUAUACAUGGUUAAGCAUUUUGGGGUUCAGAAUUUGGUCACAUCUGUAAAUUCCAGUCUUCAGCCUUGUUACGAGGAGCCGAAUGGUCUGGAGAAAUAUGUUAAGCCUCCUUCAAAUCUGAUCCAUAACAUGACUGAUGAACAACUAUUAUGGAGGGCCUCCUUUGUGCCUCGAAUCAAAAAGUAUCCUUUUCGAAGAGUUCCAAAGAUUGCAUUUAUGUUCUUGACCAAGGGACCAUUGCCUCUUGCACCUCUCUGGGAGAGGUUUUUUAAGGGACACGAGGGAUUUUAUUCGAUCUAUGUUCAUUCAUUGCCAUCAUUUCAAGCUAAAUUCCCACCUUCAUCUGCUUUUCACAACAGACAAAUCCCUAGCCAGAUUUCUGAGUGGGGAAGGAUGAGCAUGUGCGAUGCUGAAAGAAGACUACUUGCUAAUGCAUUACUUGAUAUUUCCAAUGAGCGGUUUGUUUUGCUGUCCGAAUCAUGCGUCCCGGUCUAUAGUUUUAGUGUCAUCUACAAUUACAUAAUGCGAUCAAAAUACAGCUUCAUGGGAGCAUUUGAUGAUCCUGGGCCAUUUGGCAGAGGUCGCUAUAACGAGCACAUGUCUCCUGAUGUGAAUAUCACAGAUUGGCGUAAGGGGUCUCAAUGGUUUGAAGUAAAUCGGAAACUUGCUAUCAACAUAGUUGAGGACACUAGAUUUUAUACAAAAUUUGAGCAAUAUUGUAGACCGGCUUGCUACGUGGACGAGCACUAUUUCCCAACGAUGCUGACCAUUGAAGCAGGGAAUAUGUUGGCGAAUAGGAGCGUGACUUGGGUGGACUGGUCCAGAGGAGGAGCUCACCCAGCCACCUUUGGAGGAUCAGACAUCACAGAGGAGUUUUUCAGAAGGGUUCGUGAAGGUCAUCGCUGCCUUUAUAACAAUCGAAACUCUUCCGUUUGUUUUCUUUUUGCCAGAAAAUUUGCUCCCAGUGCUUUGGAACCUCUGCUACACAUUGCACCCAAAGUUUUGGGCUUCUGAUCCAUAUUCUUAUUAUUCAUUACAAAUAUAGGGAAUUAUAUGGAUUUCGAAAUCAGAUUUUUUUUUUUUUACGUGUUUUUCUUUCAAGUUGCCCCAUGCAUAUUGGUUGUUGGUAGUAAUAUAACCUCACUUUUUUUUUUUUGAUUGAGUAUUUUGUCCAUGCCUUUUCUUGAGGCCUAAAUAUCUUUAUUGACUGUACUGUUCAUAACGGAAAUGCUUGAUUUCUCAUCACAUUCGACUAUUUCAGCCAAAUUUAUGUUCAAUAUUGAGCGAGGGUUUGAUGUGAUUUA